UUUGCUGCCGUUUCAUUUCCCAUGCAAUAUUGUAAUCCGCCAUGAAAAACGAACUUCAAUCCACAAACUGUAGGCCAUAACAGAAACAAUCAGCCUAGCUCCGCUCCCCUAAGCUUACCCUAAACCAACAAUGCAUGCAGCAGGCGCGAGGCUGUCCGCUCCCUGUCCCCUCUCCGCCCCACUCUCCCUCCUCGUGCUCCUCUAAGCCUGCGCUCCCUGUUCCUCUUUCUCCCUCGCUAUAAAUAGCCAGCAAACUAUCAGCCACCGCACCGGCCCGCAAAUGGAGAAAGCGCAUUUCAUUAUAGAAAAGAAAAGGAGAGAACUUCCUUUUUUCUGCUCGGAGAAAGUCGGUGGAAGGCGAGCUCAAUUAGUGCGGGUUAAAGAGGAUGAAAUCGAUACCGCCGUCAGCCUGCAGGCGAUUCCACCUCCGCAGACCCCCGCUGAACCCAUGGAGUUCCUCUCCCGCUCAUGGAGCCUCUCUGCCUUGGAGAUCUCCCGCGCCCUCCUCGCCGGCAACAACAACCCUAAAUAUCUAGCCGACAUCCACCGCGGUAACGAAGCCGCCAUAGGCAAAUGGUUUGGGCAAGGGGAGCUGCGUGAGGAAAAGCCGAGGAGCAAGAAGAAGAUGAGGAUGGCAAGGGCGAGGAUCCAUGCGGCCGUUUCGGUGGCCAAGGUUGCUGCAGCAGUGGCGGCCAAAGCUGCCGGGAUGAGAUCGGAAAACCCCGGAUCGAAGAUGAGCUCCGCGCUGGCUUCUGCUACCGAGCUGCUCGCCUUACAUUGUGUGGAGAUGGCGGAGAUGGCCGGCGCGAGGGACAAGCAGGUUGACGACGCUGUUAAAUCGGCGGUAGAUAUCCACACCGUCGGCGAUCUUGUGACACUGACGGCGGCUGCGGCCACAGCAUUGAGAGGUGUUGGGGCGCUGAAACAGAGAGUGCAGAGAGAAGCAAUUAGAAGCAAUGCAGCUGCAGUGAGACCAUACGAGAGGGGAUCUUCCUGUGUCAGCCCGGAUAUCUGGUGCAAGGAAGGCGUUCUUCUCAAGAGAAGCAGAAAUGGAGCUUUGCACAGGAAAAAAGUGUCCCUUUACAUCAACAGCAAGUCGCAGGUCAUGGUUAAGAGUAAGAGCAAGCACAUUGGAGGGGCUCUGUCAAAGAAGAAGAAAAAUGUUGUUCAUGAUGUAUAUGAUGAAGAACUGGAAUGGAGUGGGUUGGAGAGGAAAGAUGAAGAAAUUGGAGUUAGUUUCGGUCUGAGAACUGGCGAAGGGAACAUUGUGUUUGUUUGUGCGGAUAGAUUUGGUAAGCAGAAAUGGGUGGAGGCGGUACAGAAUCUUCUUCGUCAAGCUAAUGGGAUAACUUUUGGGAACUGUAGAAUAGGGCGUUCCAUGGAACCGAUUCAGAUCAUCAGUUAGAAAUUUUUUAUACUUGCAUAGUUUUAUGUUUUAAAUAUGAAGGAAUGUAAGAGUCCGCAUACACUGACGGCCACUGAGAUUAGCAGAGGGAGAAAAAUAAAAAAAAAUAAAAGGUCCCGCAUAAUAUCAUAGCGGCUGUUCGUAUAUGCGGAUUCCACUCUCUUUUUAUGGAAAAAAUAUUACAUCAGUACGACAUACGUAGAGUAACGUGCGUAGCCAAUGAAAUAACGCCACGACACCUCACGAGACGGGAAAAAAAAACGGCGCGGUAAUAUAGGGAAUAUUUCAUCCCGUGUUAUUUAUGUGUUAUUAUGUGUUAUUCAUAUGUUAUUGUGUC